UUUGAUGCCGUGAAUCCAUCUGUCCACUAGGUGGAAGCACACAAUUGGGACGUGUGGCGGAGCGCGAAGAAGAAAAAGAAAGGACGCUGUAUGCGGAAAAACAGGGAGAAAGAAACACGAAAGUGAUGAUGUUUUAGCGAAGUAAGAUUUUAUUUUGAAAGCUAAUUUCGCUUAGAAAGAACCCCCGUCCUUAUUCCAGGAGACCAAAUGUUUAUGGAGGUGGACGAUAACACGAUUACGUGUUUUGUUUCGCACCGCUCCUGAAGAAUGAGGAUCAUGAUGAUGAUAUUGUGGAGCUGAAAACAUGUAAUUCGACCAAUUUUAGAUAAAUGUGUGAAAUGAUGCAGUGAACGUGGAUAUUCAUACAGCAGUAACUUAGUUCUAUUUUUAUUUUUUUAACGAUGCUUAUUUUCAUAGCAAAGUAAAGUGAAAUCCCCUUACCCGAAGAAGUGGCAAAACUCUGCAUCCUUUAUGUUGACAUUCGCUAAGAGUUUCUGCUGACGAUAUUUCCUCUUGACAAAUAUAUAUAUAUACAGGUAUUUGUUAAUCUAACGUUUCUUAUCGGGUGUUAAAACACCGAAACAUUGAGCCAUGAGUGAAGAACCCCUAACACUAGUCCAAGUGAUCAGACGCCUUAAAGUGAAGCUGAUCGAAAUUCUCAGCGCAGAUGCAGAUUUUGUUCUGCAGCAUGCAGACGCUCGCAGUCUGCUGUCUCCUCACGGAUACCAGCUGGUGAAAUCCUGCCGUGUUCCCAGUGAAAAGGUGACAGAACUUCUGGAUCAGAUCAUCCAGAGAGGUCCCACGGCAGCACAAGGUCUGCUGGAGCUGCUGAAGGAUCAGGCUCUCCAGGAGACCUUCCCACUGCUCGCCUCUGUUCAGGAGCUGCAGGCCAACUCAGUGUCUCCAGAAGUCGAAAACAACGUAUCAAAAAGGCGAAAAGGAGCUCCUGAAUCACAAGAUCCACCUAAAAAGAUUUGCAGCAAUGGCUGUGCCUUAGUGAAGGAGAAGCAGCUGAUGAUGGUCGCUCAAGCCAUCGGCAGGUCUUGGAGGGAGAUUGGACGACUGGCUCUGGGCGUCCCAUCUGUGAAGCUGGAGCAAAUAGAGGAGGACCAUUCUCAGCAUUCGGAGCGAGUCUUCCACAUGCUGCGCUACUGGCGCCACAGUCAAAGAGAGGAGGCCACCGCUGCUCGCCUGCACUCCCUCCUCAGUCAGAAGAACUUCGAUCUCGCUCCUGAAAAUAUCGCCUUUCUACUGGAGACAGACGAAGAACAUGUUUAGAGAAAUCAUGUUUAUCUUCACAUCAGAAGUUCACCAGACUACUUACUUGACAUUUGCUAGAAUACAAUUUAUUAUGACAUUUUUCUCGACUUGUAUACAUGCAUUGAAAAUGCAUGAAAGUCGUAAUUUCUCUCUACGUAUUGUUUUGGGUACAAAAUUAAAGAUUGUAUGAUAAAACUUUAUUUUACAGGCAAUUUUCUACAUUUAAAGUUUUCCUUUUGAUAUCACUGCUUAAUUAGAGGAAUAAAUUGUGUUUUAUUUUUGCAA